CCUGUUUGUUUCAGGCUUUUAUAGAAUAGGAUUAGGAAUUGGGUUCUGACAGUGGCAUUUUCGUAAAUUAUGGAUUCUUUGUGAAUCCUAUUCUGGAGUUUGGUUCAGCAAAAUUUUUUGGGAUUACAUCUUCUACACAGUAGCUACAGUUGUCCUUUUUUGUAGAAACCCAAAUCCGAGCAUUUGCUUCCGAUUUGGGCGAGAUUUCUGACACUUGAGCUUCCUCGUCGAUUCCGAUUCCUGGCUUCACGCUUUCGAUCCCUAGAUCUGGAAUCGCUCUGCCGCUCCCGCCUCAAUCGCCCUCUUCCUCGCGCCUCUGCUCCCGCGCUUCUUCGUCUACGAUGAUACUUGGGGUCGGGCCUCUUUCUCGAAACCCUAGCUCUUGAUUUCCACGAGAUUGUUGCUGGUUUUCUUGCCUUCGAUUCUUGGUGAUCCCUUCUGGUUGGGAUCUUCUUCAACUUGGGUUGGGAUCUUCUUGAUUUCCACGAGCUUGAACGUCGGCAUUUUCCCCUCUGCAGUAAGAUGGAUAUGGAAGAUGAGGAAGAAUUGAAGAGGAUGUGUGCUAAUACAGCUGUCUGCGCCGUGGUCACUUUGGUAACAUGUAUUUUGAGAAUGCGUGCUAAGCGCAAGAGAAUACCAAAAUGUUCGCCGCAAGAAAGGGUCAGGAAAAUAAGUUGUAGAGAGGCUCAUUUCAGACGUGUAUUGGAGGGUUAUCAAGAUAGCUGCCAAUCUUAUAUUAGAAUGAGACCGAGGGCAUUUUUUAAACUUGUUGAAGUAAUGAAAGCAAACGGUUUAUUAAAAGAUACGAGACACGUUCAAGUUGAAGAACAACUUGCUAUGUUCUUGAGUAUUAUUGGGCACAAAACUAAAAAUAGAAUAAUAAGAACUGAGUUCAUAAGAUCAGGGGAAACAGUGAGCAGGUAUUUCAAUAAAGUCUUGUCUGCAAUGAAUGGAUUACGUGAUCGGUACAUGAAGCAAGCCCCAAAAGAAGUUCCCGAGGAGAUUGCAAACAACUCAAAUUAUUUUCCGUACUUUAAGGACUGCAUUGGUUUGAUAGAUGGCACACACGUCGACGCGGUGUUACCCAGUGACCUAGUUGCACGGUUUAGAGGGCGAAAAGGGGUCACCCAAAACAUCUUAGCAGCCUGCACCCCCAAUAAACUAUUUACUUAUGUCUUGGCUGGCUGGGAGGGGGCAGCAAAUGAUUAUAGGGUAUUACAAGACGCCCUGUCUAGGCCACAGCCUUACGGUCUCCGAGUUUACGAUGGUAAAUAUUACCUAUGUGACGCUGGAUACACCACAAUGCCAGGUUUCAUAUCCCCGUAUCGCGGUGUCCGAUAUCAUUUAAAAGAGCACACCGGUAGGACACCAAAGAAUAGGAAGGAGUUGUUCAAUUUAAGGCAUUCAUCUUUAAGAUCAAAAAUUGAGUGCACAUUUGGGAUACUGAAGAAUCGGUUUAAAAUUCUUGCGGGGAAGCCGAAUUAUCCAUUUCCCACUCAAGUGGACAUUGUACUAGCGUGUACUGUGUUGCACAACUUUAUUGCCUUGGAGGAUCCGGAUGAUGAUAUUUUAAAUGAAAAUGUUGAAAUUGAUGAAGAUACUGGGGAAGAGACAAAUGAGGACGAAUCAAAUGUGAUGGACUAUACUCAAAGUAGGACACAAAGAGAGGAUCAAGAUGUAAGAAAUGAAUGA